AUGACAGAUGUCGGAAAAUUCCUUUUAGCUGCAUGAGAUUGAAGGUUAAUACAGCCGGUGGAAUGAAUUAGAAGUAUACUUAAAGUGGGAUUUAUUAAUAAAACAUUUGAGUGUAGGGGCAAAAUAUGGUAAUGGCACGAAAAGGAGUCCUUAGCGUGAUACAAAGAUUAGGAUCCGCCACCAAAUUAGGGUGGCAUCGAUUUGGAGAACAAAAAUGUCGCGCAUUAAGUAACCAUCAUCGAGGAUUACAUGUUUCCACAGCUAUCCAAAUUUUUGGACGAAAGUCGGACUGCCAACAAUUUGGAAGAUUAUAUACAACAGAAAGUACAAAGAAAGCAUCGAGUCCAGAGAUUUUGUCAAAGUUGUUCCCCCAAACUGCAGCCAAUGUUGACGAAGAGACUGAACGCGAAAGAAAACGCAAAGAAGAGGAGGAGGCAAAGGAAAAUGAAAAGGCUUGGAAACGAAUGAAAAUAGGGUUUGCAGUAUUUGGAGGUAGUGGUCUUGCACUAGCCAUAUGGGCUGUAUAUGAGUUCGGAAAACCCGAGGUAGAUGCCGAAGGACAAGUAAUCGAAGAUGAAUUUAGUAAAAGCCCAGUAAUUCAACAGUAUAUACAGCGUAUGUGGAAAUCUAUGAAUUACUACCAAAAAAUGAUUCAGGAGCCAUCACGCGAUAAGCUUUUACCAGAUCCUUUAAAACACCCAUACAUACAGCCGCCUUACACAUUAGUACUAGAAAUGAAAGAUGUUCUUGUACAUCCAGAUUGGACAUACCAAACUGGAUGGCGGUUUAAAAAACGACCCGGUGUUGACCAUUUCUUGCAAGAAUGUUCAAAGCAUUUCGAAAUUGUCGUAUUUACUGCAGAACAAGGAAUGACGGUAUUUCCUAUUUUAGAUGCUCUGGACCCAAAUGGCUAUAUCAUGUAUCGUUUGGUACGCGAUGCAACUCAUUUUGUGGAUGGACACCACGUUAAAAAUUUAGACAAUUUAAACCGAGAUCUAAGGAAGGUCAUAGUCGUGGAUUGGGAUCAAAACGCAACUAAGUUGCACCCUGAUAAUACUUUUAACAUUGCCAGAUGGCUAGGUAAUGAUGACGACUCGCAACUACUUGAUUUGAUAUCAUUUUUAAAAACUCUGGCAUCUGCUGAAGUUGAGGACGUUCGCGAUGUGCUACAUUACUAUCGGCAGUUCGAUGAUCCCAUAGCUCAAUUCAGAGAAAACCAACGCCUUUUACUAGAGCAAAUGCAAGAGAAAGAACGAGAGGAGCAAACCAAAUCGAAACCAAUUGUGAAAAAAUGGACUCCAAGCUUUCUUGGGCGGUCAUCUUAAGCGGAAACGCCUGAUAAAUUCUUAUUCGCUGUUUUGCAUAGCUUUUAUUCAUUAAAAUGAAAAGUUUCCUUCAUUUAAAGAUGGUCCUUUUACUUUAGGCUGUCACAAGGCAUAUACAUACAUACUGACACGGUAGAAAAUUUAUACUUCUAAGUUUUUAUCUUUCCCUUUAUUUAGUUCAACAAAAUCUAUUAGCUUUCAAUACAUGAAAAUAAUCGAUAUGACAGAAAAUGUAUACUUCUCUGAUUUUUUUUCUUUUCUCUAUUUGGUUAAAAAAAAUUUAUUAUCUUUCGUUAAUUUUCAUAUUUUGAAUAUAUCGAAGGAUAAUGGAUUUUGUUGAAUUGAAAAUCGGAGAAGUAUAUAUUUUCUACCGAAUCGGUAUGUAUAAUCAUAAUAAUCAUUGUUAUAAUUAAGUAGAUAAGACAAUUAUGUCUACACUCUUAUUUUAAUUAUUAGUCGACACCACUUUUGUAUACUUAAAUUUGUCAAUAAAUAAAUUAUAUUAUUUAA